CCACAUGAGCUUGAUUUCCAAUGCACCUUUUGGGGGCCAGGUUUUCGAGAUCUAUCCAAAAAUCCGCUUGGACGUCUUUCUUCUGGAGCAGGUUCUAUUGCCCCCUCGUUAGCAAUGGCCAUCGCUUACCGGCCCCUGGAUCAGACUCAGAAAGAGAUCAGACUCUUAGAAAUAAAGUCCGCAAGUCGACUGGACAAGCCACUCCGUGGAACACUGUUCCAUGCCAGGUUGCCAGAAGCCUCCUAUACUGCGCUCUCCUACGUCUGGGGCCAGCCUAUACACGACAAGUCUGCUAUCGCCAUCAAGUACGCAAAGCCAGGCGCGAGACUAUUCUCAACUAGCGGGUCAGAGACGUAUGAUCAUGAGAUCGGCAGUAGCCUCUCACGCUCACUCAGACACCUGCGACAAAAAUACGGGAAGUUCGUCAUCUGGACCGACGCGCUUUGCAUAAACCAGACCGACAAUGAAGAGAAAUCGUGGCAUAUUCCGCUCAUGAGCGAUAUUUACUCGAAAGCGAAAGAGGUCCAUGCUUGGCUAGGCCCCCGAUACGAUGACAAUGACAACCUGAUUCGCAACGUUCAUACUGCUUUUGAACUGACCAAUACAGUCUGGAGUCUUGCAGAUAAAGUUAAUAAAAGUCACAGUCUACUUCCAGAACAAGACUGGCUGGAAGCGUGCUUCAAACUUGCUAGUGCAGACGAACAAUCCGACAACCCCCAAGACUCGGAUGGACAAUGGCUCGGAUUCUCAAAUCGCUUGCGCAGCGUUGCGCUCUCUUCACGUCAAGUUGUCGACAAUCUAGCAUCUGUCAUGGAUCUCGCGGCAAACGACUAUUUUGCACGGAUGUGGAUUCUUCAAGAAACGGGGAGAGCGAAUAGACUGACUUUCCAUUAUGGCCUAAGACAGGCACCGCACCGACGUGUUCUGCUCACUCUCGCAGUUGCGAGAUCCCUGGGGAAAUCGUCGCAAGAUCUUCCCGUCAUCGAAACACUGCAGAGCCUCGACGCUCGAUUCCUGAACUGCCUUUUAGCACGCACGACGUGUGGACAAUCUCUCUCUUUCCAGCAUGUGAUGAGAGGCGCAUAUUUCACUGCGCCACCUUUGCCCCGAGCGACGAACAUGCGCGACCUUAUAUAUGCGCGAUUAGGACUUGCAAAAGACCCCAUCGGUAUCACUGUCAACUACGACUUGAGCGUUGCGGAGGUGUUUGCCGAUGCAUCUCGCUUUCUCCUGCUUGAGGGUUCGUUGGAGCUCUUGAUCACGUUCAAGCCAUAUGCGAGGCACCGCGGGGAAGUAUACACAGAAGACAAAAUGCCAUCUUGGGCAAACGACUGGUCUAUUGCGGGGAUGGAUUCUUUCGUCAGAUAUCGAGCUGCCAAAGACACAACUCAACAACUAGUCUUCACAAAUUACCGAGAUGCGACGGUGAAGCAAGCUCUCAACAUGUCAGGUGUCAGUGUUGGGAAUGUCCAAAUAACUAAGGAGAGGUUCUCCUGGACUGUACUUGAAUCUGGCCUACACCGAAGCACAGUCACCCUGGGAGAUUUGCAGGCUGUGGAUAAUGUCCUUUCAGAAGAGAAUAGGAUGGCACUGGUACAGCGGAUGGAAUACAUCUACGAAGAGCUGGGCUUGGAAGUACCGCAUGCUCACAUAGGGACGUUCUUUACUCAGCACUCAUCUCACUUUGCGCCAUUCUGGUGCUGGUGGUUAUACUGGGUCGCAUCCCUCCUAGAACUGAUUGGAGAAGCCGAGCUCCUAUAUCCAGAAAAAAAGUCAACAUACAACAUUGCUGAACUCAUCUUCCGGCACGUUCCACAAGAACUACGAGGAAACAUCAGAGUAGGCCGAUUUGGAUCGAAAGAAGGGCUUUUGGCAUUGAUUGAUUAUGAAAGAUGGUCUAGCCUCGUGACUUCGCAGGGACGGAAUGAUAAUCACCCACAAGACGAAGCUAUCAUGCAAUUGGCGGAGUGGCUGUUCCAUUCGGCGUGGGGAAUGCGGCCUGCCAUGCUCGCUGGUGGCAGACUAGCUUACAUACCCGAAGAUGCCUCACCGGAAGAUGAGAUGGUGAUCUUCUACGGAGUGAAGGCGCCGUUGGUGAUACGGAGAUGCACUGAAGACACAUAUCGCAUUAUUGGGCCCGCACACGUCUGUGGUGCGAUGGAAGGUCAAUUGAUGGAUAUUAUGACCACUCGAAAUACUUAUAAUUUGAUCUAG